AUAUUACAUGCCAUCCACUCUUGAAUUGAUCAAAUGGUCAAAUUUAAUUUCUUCCAUCAUGCUCAUAUUGAUUGGAGUCACUUAAAUUAUAUCCUUGACAAUUAUAUUCUCCAGUUUUAGUUUUUCAUUCUUCAUGUCAUUUUUCUUACCAUUUUUCUUAAUGUAAGUUUAUUUAUCUAUUUAUCAUAGAUUAUUUGGUGUUAUGCUCUUUGCAAGUGGUUAAAAAAUGGAAUUUAUGGAUAAUAAUUUCAGAUUUUUAAGUUCUCUUCUUGGAAGAGGUCUAUUCAAUAUUUAGUAUUUUUAAAUAACAUUAUUAAGUCUAGCAUCUUUAGCUGUUUAUUAAUUAUCCAAUGCAGCUAGUGACAUCAUAGGAUUCAUUAUUGGAGCUAUGCUAUUUUUAACAGGUGGAUUUUAUUUGAUUUUGCAUUUUUGUGGAGUAAUUCAUACAUAAUAUAUAUUUUAAUAGAAUAGAGAAGAAUUAACAGCAUACAAACAAUAAUUAGGAUGAUUCAAAUUCAAUAUAUCC